AUGAGGAGUUCUUUUUUAAAUCAGUCAACCUUUCCAGUGAGGCACAAACCAAGUAUGACUUCUACUUUUGCAGCACAAAAAAAAUUGUUGAUAGAAGGUAUUUUUCGUAACUCUUUUUUCCGGACCAAAAGUAGGCUAAGAAAUGGUAAUUUUUCACUUAAAGUCACAAAUCACUACUUUUUGAAGAAAAAAAAAUAUCAAAUUCUACUGGUUAUUAAAUCAUUUAUUAAUAGUGGUUUAAUGCAUUCACAUAAUCGCAUGAAUUCAAGAGCUUUUGAAAUGGGUUAA